ACCCAAGAAUCUUGAUGGGUUCUUUUCGUUUUAAGCUAAAAUAUUAAACAAAUUUGUCACGCUAGCAUGGCCGUAUAAUUCCUAUAAAAGAAAAGAAGUGAACCUUUCCAGGCUAAUAAAUGCUCUUAACGUUAACCAUAUCAAUCAACCUCACUAGCUACCAUUGUCAAGUCAUGUGUGUAUGUAUAUGUAUAUAAAGUCACGUUGCGCCUUGACAAAUACCAUUCAGACAUUGGAUAAAAUUAAAAGCUACUUUCGCUGCCAAACAUUAUGGAAAGUGACGGACUUGGCACAACAACAACUACGACAGAGUGCGAGUAUGAGGACCUGUUGCCGGUGAUGGCAGAGAAGCUGGACGUGGAGGCUUUUAUGUCAGAGUUAUGCGGUGGGUUUCGGCUGCUUGCAGACCCGGAGAAAGGGCUGAUCACGCCGGAGAGUCUGAAGAGAAACUCAGCGUUUUUGGGGAUGGAAAAAAUGAGCAAGGAAGACUCAGCGGCGAUGGUGAGAGAAGGUGAUCUUGAUGGAGACGGUGCACUGAAUGAGAAAGAAUUCUGCAUCUUGAUGGUUAAGCUUAGUCCAGGAAUGAUGGAAGAUGCCGAGAUCUGGCUCCAGAAGGCACUGGAUCAAGAGCUCAGAAAAUCGUCAGCUUGAGUAUUAAUCAUGUUUGUAUUUUGAGAUUUGUACGAUAAAUGUUAUUCCGUUUAAGCAAGUUAUUGUAUGCCAAACAUCUUAAUAUGAAUGAAUGAAAAUCCAUAUCAUGUUCCCAACAC